AUGACAUACACAGAUAACAACGAUUUACACCGAUUUGCAAAUCUAUCAUUUAUAUUAUUAAAUAAAAUAAUUAGUUAUUUAGAUCAAGUCUUAGAUAGAGUCUGUUUCAGUUUAGUUUGUAAAAGAUGGUUUGAUCAUCGAGAUAAAUAUCUUUGGUUCAAUUCAGGAUACUUUUUGAAAUCAAGUGCUUUAGAGAUUAAUAGAACGUUUAAAUUGAAUUCAUACAAAGAGUUAUUUCAGCGAUCUUUGAAUAACAAUACAAAUCAAAAACAUUUAGUAAUUAUUACUUAUACAUCUGAUUACUCUUCUUUUCUUCACCAUUUUAAACCAUAUACUGUUGACUUUAUUAAAGCUCUUGAUAUCCGAAAUGAUCAUAUUCAGAUCUUAAAAAGUAGCAAUGCAUCUACAUUUUGUACUUUGCAUAGUUGUCAAUUUCAAGACAACAUUAGAUUUCCACCGAGUAUAAAAGAAAUAAAGACCUCUGGCUGUAUUAACCUAUCGUUUUUGCCACAGGAAUUGGAAUAUUUAGAAAUGAGUUUGGGUGUAGAUUACGAGCGAUCAAAACUCGAUAUCUCACUCCUCCCUAGAACACUAAAAGUACUAAAGAUCAAUGGUUUUGAAUCUAUAAUGUUCGAUUACGAAUCACUCCCGCCCAAUCUCGAAGAGUUCCUAUAUUACGCAAAGAGUAAACAACCGCUCACACCAAACAACCGACAGCUGCCACCAACUCUAAAGAUUGUCUCGAUAUCAAACCACCAACUGCCAUACAUCAAACAUCUAACAUCUUUACACACACUUUCAGUGGCACUAUUACAUAAGAGUGUAAUAAAUGUCGGUGAUAUUCCAGAGAGUGUCACUGAUUUGACAUUCAACAAUUUCAGUUCUGAGCCAUCGAUGAUCAGCAGAGACAUAAUACCACCCAACAUCAAGCAUCUAUGUUUGAAACGUACCUUGAAGAUAUUAUCAGAUUCUCAAAGCACUCAUAUAUUCACAGCACUUCUAUAUUUAGAAACAUUGGAUCUAUCGAUGCUUGAUACAAGAAGUAGCCAUGACUUUGGAGUACUUCCAACAAGUUUAAUCAAUAUCUCACUUCCUUAUGACACCAAAUUUAAUUUCGAUUCUCUCAUAGCCAAUUGUAAUCAGUUACCAAACUUGAAGUUUAUCGAUUAUGGUGGAUUCAGGAGUGAUGGUGAUCUACGAUUAAACAACACAUCGAUAAGAUCGGUCAAAUUAAAUCACACAACCAGAAUAACAGGACAAACAAUACCUAAAUCAGUGGAGAUCAUCGAUUUCAGUAAUUAUCGAUUGCUAGUAGGACAAGAUGCUUGGCCAUCUUCAAUUCAAUCAAUAACUGUCGAUAUUGAAUUCAUAGAUGCCAAUGAUAACUUGAUGAACAUUCCAUCAAGCAUCAAUAACAUUAUCAUCAAAUUUCUUUCUCCUACAUACAAACACUGUACAUUUAAUACAAGAAGAUUAGAUCAACAAUUCAUAUUAUUAUAUGCUAAUAAUUUAUAUAAUAUCAACUCUGCAAUUCUAAAUAUUAAUAGUUUAUCUAAUUAUAUAAAAAAUGUUGCAAUUUAA